AUGUCAACCGCCGACUCAACGCCCACCAUCCCCGUACCAUGGGACAAGCUCCUCCAAUGGGUUCAGCAAAAAAUUGCCCAUGAAAUACAAACAGGCCAACCCGUUGCCCUGAGCCGUUCCCAACUCCAAGCCGUCUCGCAAUUCGUGUCUUUCAACGAUGAACCCGACGUUAGUGACCACGACUAUGUGAAGCGAGUACAAUCUCUCCGUUUGAGCAAUCCCAUCUUUGCGGACCAAGAACCCGUCAGUAUCCCCGUCGACGGACACUUCCAGCCUCUUUGGCAGACGGUCUGCACUGUUGAGCGGCACGGAUCGUUUCCUCGUGCUGGAUAUGGGUUCUCCGUUGGACAACAGGCGCCGUUCUUUCAGUCGAAAAAGAACGCCAAACAAUUUGCUGCCAAGCAUGCCCUCCAUUAUCUCACACAACAAUCCGGUGCCGGCAAGAUGCACUUAGAUCGACCUUCGGUUUCGCCAUUACAGCUACCACGGCCGCAAUUUCAGCCUCCUCUAAAACAGCCCAUGAGUAAACAGACCAGCCUUUCACCUAGAGCAGUACCAGCACCCACACCGUCGCCGAGCAUCUCACAGACAUCCAUGUCCAGUUCCCGCUCGGCAAGCACAUCCAUUUUCGAGCAGAUAGCCAACCUUACGAGCCGCCUGGCCCUCGAUAACCCUACCUACAGAAUAGAGCCUGAUCCAGUGGGGGAGAAUAUGUUCCGCGGACAGCCUGUUUUCAAAAACGCCCUACGAGUACCCUCUGAUCUAGGCAUUGUGAGCGGCGUCGUUGGUCAGAGCCAAGCAAAGUUGAAGAUGGCGGAGAGUGUGCUCGCGUGGCUGAAGGGAGAAUUGCAACGGAGGCAGGAUACGUUUCAGAAUCUAUGGUCGGCUGCGAAUUCCCCGAAGACUGGCGGGGAGAGUACUCUGUGA